GUCUUACAUGCACCGUCCCCGGACGGACUUCCCCCACGCGCGAUUCACCACCUAGUUGAACCGGCCCCAGUCCCGCCGUCUCGGCGCUUCAAAACCCCCCCAAAACCACCCACGCCAACGCCAAAAAUCCGAGGAUUUCACACGCGAAGCGCCACGCCAUGCGCCUCCUCUGCGUCCUCCUCCUCGUCUCCGCCCUCCAACUCCAAUGCCACGGCCUUCUCCUCCCGCUCACCAACACCCUCUCCUCGCUUCGCCAGACCAAUGACACGCCCGUCCACCACCUCCUCCGCUCAUCGUCCCUCCGCUCGGCCGCGCGCCACCACCGCCACCGUGCGCACAGAAGCCUGCCUCCACGCGGCCACCGGCAGCUCUCGCUGCCGCUCUCUCCCGGCAGCGACUACACGCUGUCGCUCUCGGUGGGCCCGCAAUCCGCCGCCGCCCCGGUGUCUCUCUUCCUCGACACCGGCAGCGACCUCGUCUGGUUCCCCUGCGCUCCCUUCACCUGCAUGCUCUGCGAGGGCAAGCCCACGCCCAGACACUCCAGCCCGCUGCCCCCACCGAUCGACUCCCGCCGCGUCUCCUGCGCAUCGCCGCUCUGCUCCGCGGCGCACUCCUCGGCGCCCCCGGCCGACCUCUGCGCCGCGGCGCAGUGCCCUCUGGAGGACAUCGAGACCGACUCGUGCGGCGCGUCCCACGCGUGCCCGCCGCUGUACUACGCGUACGGAGACGGCAGCCUCAUCGCGCACCUGAGGCGCGGCCGCGUCGGGCUGGCCGCGUCCAUGGCCGUGGAGAACUUCACCUUCGCCUGUGCGCACACGACACUCGGCGAGCCCGUCGGGGUGGCCGGGUUCGGGCGCGGCCCUCUCUCGCUGCCGGCCCAGCUCUCUCCGACGCUUUCCGGCAGGUUCUCCUACUGCCUCGUGGCCCACUCCUUUCGCGCCGACCGGCUCAUCCGGCCGAGCCCCCUUAUCCUAGGCCGCAGCCCGGACACCGCCCGCCUCGGCACCGCCGAGCCGGACUUCGUGUACACGCCGCUGCUCCACAACCCGAAGCACCCGUACUUCUACUCCGUGGCGCUGGAGGCCGUCUCGGUGGGCGGGACGAGGAUCCAGGCCCGGCCGGAGCUCGGGUACGUGGACCGCGCCGGGAACGGCGGGAUGGUGGUGGACUCCGGCACGACCUUCACCAUGCUGCCCAACGAGACGUACGCGCGGGUGGCCGAGGCGUUCGGCCGCGCGAUGGCCGCGGCGCGAUUCGUGCGCGCCGAGCGCUCGGAGGCCCAGACGGGACUCACGCCCUGCUAUUACUACGCCGCCUCGGACCGGGCCGCGAACCGCGGCGUGCCGCCGCUAGCGCUGCACUUCCGGGGCAACGCGACGGUGGCGCUGCCCCGGCGGAACUAUUUCAUGGGGUUCAAGAGCGAGGGGAGGGACGUGGGGUGCCUGAUGCUCAUGAACGGCGGGGACGCCUCCGGGGAGGGCGACGGAGGAGGUGGGCCCGCCGGCACGCUGGGCAACUUCCAGCAGCAGGGUUUUGAGGUGAUGUACGACGUCGACGCCGGCCGCGUCGGGUUUGCGCGCCGCCGGUGCACGGACCUCUGGGACUCGCUGUCGCGCCGGUGAUUAUCCAUUCCAGUGGGGUGUCCUGUCCUCUUUGUUGUAUGAUUACGUAGCUUGUAGCUUGUCCAUGUUGUACAGAGCUGCAGCUGCCGCGUGUGUUUAGUGCCAAUGCGCCAUGAAUAUUUAGGAUUUAUUUCGUUUCUUUGUACUAUUUUCUUCUUUUUCUCAUCUCGUUCUGGUAAA